AUGACUUUUUUAGGGAACCCAACGGAAAGCAUUCGCAAUCCUCACGCAAAUAGCUUCCAACUUUUAGCUAGUGUAGUAGUACUCGGGCUUCUACUGCUGGCUACCGUAGGAGCCUACCGCUUGUGGUUCCAUCCCCUAGCACGUUUCCCAGGACCCAAGGCAGCAGCAGUGUCAACGUGUUGGCUAUCACAAGCCAGCAUUGGCAAAUACGUCGAGGAACAUUUGGAAGAGCUUCACGACAAGUACGAUAGUAGCACUAUUCGAAUCGCCCCUAAUGAGCUCCAUAUUCGAGACCCAGAAUUAUAUGCAACUAUCUACAGCCAGUCUACGACUUAUUACAAGCCUGACUCUUUCUACCAGUCCUUCAAUAUCCCACAUAGUUUAACAACAGAAGUCGAUCCUUUUAUUCAUCGCAACCAGCGACGUACUCUCAACCCAUAUUUCUCCAAGCGGUCAGUUGAGCAGUUGAGCUCGAUUGUGUUGAGUAAGAUACAAAGGUUAGAGAGAAAGUUGCGACGAAUGAGUGGGCCAUUUGAUGCACACGACGCAGUUAGAUGCUUGACUGUUGAGCUUAUCUCGGAAUUCGUUUUUGGAAGAGAUGUCAACAUGAUAGAAGCCUCCGAGUACACGUUCGAUGCCGAGUUCCUGGAAAUUUUUGACAUCGCAUCAGCCAGUCAGCCGGUCUUGCUCUUCUACCCAAUGAUAUCUCGACUCAAGUUCUUGUUGCCCUCGUCCCUACUACUUAUUCUGGAUAAGAAGCUGGGAAAGCUGUUGGAGCUUGGAAAGUGGGCAGAAGGCUGCGUCGACCAUUACAACAUCAAGACGAAGGGAAAAGAAGAUACAGGCCAUUCCGUUAUUUUUGACAGUUUGAAGGAGGUCUCAGAUGCCAAGAAAGCGUCAAUGGCAGCGGAACUUCUUGUCGCAGGCUCGGACACCAGCGCCCUCACAAUCACGUAUGCGCUCUACCACAUCACGUCGAGCCCGAAGAUACUCGAGAGAUUGUUGAAUGAACUGAAGUUGGUGAUGCCGGAUUUGGAAUCGCCGGCCGUUUUACAAAAGUUGGAACAGUUGCCUUUCCUAAGCGGAUGCGUAAAAGAGUCACUGAGAAUGGCCUGUCCUGUACCAGGCAGAUUGCCUAGAAUUGUGCCUGAAAAUAAGCCGCUUAUCGUGGAAGGAAAGCAAAUACCCAGUGGAACAAUCAUUGGCAUGUCAGCUUAUGGGAUGCAUUUUGCCAAGAGUAUUUGGGGACCUGAUGCCCACGAGUUCAACCCUGAUCGGUGGUGCAGCGAAACAGGAGAUAAGCUCGACCAUUGGCUGGUUCCCUUUUCAAAGGGCGCACGAUCAUGCAUCGGACAAAAGUGA